AUGGGGCUGGAUUACUACAGCGUGCUCAAGGUCAACCGGAGCGCCACGGAGGACGACCUCAAGAAGUCGUACCGCCGGCUGGCCAUGAAGUGGCACCCCGACAAGAACCCCGGCGACAACAAGGCAGAGGCCGAGGCCAAGUUCAAGAAGAUCUCCGAGGCCUACGAGGUUCUGAGUGAUCCGCAGAAGAGGACAGUAUAUGAUCAAUAUGGGGAGGAGGGCCUGAAGACCUCCGCGGACGCCGGUAGCUCGUCGUCAUCUAUGAAUGGCUCCACAAACCACCGCUUCAAUCCUCGGAAUGCCGAGGACGUCUUUGCUGAGUUCUUCGGCAGCAGCAAGCCUUUUGAGGGGAUGGGGCGAGCCAAGUCGAUGAGGUUCCAGACAGAAGGCGCCGGCACCUUUGGUGGGUUCGGUGGUGGCACCGAGAGCAAAUUCAGAUUAUACAAUGAUCCUGUCGGCGCCAGCUCUAGCCAGCCCCGGAAGCCACCGCCCGUGGAGACGAAGCUUACCUGCACGCUUCCAGAGCUAUACUCUGGUUCGACACGCAAGAUGAAGAUAUCCAGGAACAUUGUCAAGUCUAAUGGGCAACUGGGCAUUGAAUCGGAGAUUCUGACAAUCGAUAUAAAACCCGGAUGGAAGAAAGGGACCAAGAUCACAUUUCCGGACAAGGGCAAUGAGCAGCCGAACCAGCUUGCCGCCGAUCUCGUCUUCGUCAUCGACGAGAAGCCUCAUGAUGAGUACAUGAGGGAAGGCAACGACCUGCUGAUCUACCAGAAGAUCGACCUGGUGGAUGCAUUGGCAGGAACCACAGUGAAUCUGAAGACCCUUGACGGGCGUGACCUGGUGAUCAAGCUGACAGACGUGGUAACACCGGGAUAUGAGCUUGCAAUCGCCAAGGAGGGGAUGCCUAUUGUGAAAGAAAAUGGGAGGAGAGGCAAUCUGAGAAUCAGGUUCGAUGUUGAUUUCCCGAAGAGGCUGUCAUCGGAGCAGCGGCAUAAUAUUAGGAAGGUUCUUGGAGGGGGAGGGCAGCCUCAGCAGUAA